AUGCUGGCACAGUUCGAUGGCAACAGGGAUGGAAAACUCACUUUGUCGGAGCUUCGCCAUGUCGGACACGACUUCAGCAUCCCCUACGGCGAGUUUCUCAAAUGGACACGAACGCCGACGGGUGAGGAGCUCACUGAACUUCCCAUCGACACCGUGCUCGAGUGUAUCAAGGUCUUCGUCACGCGCCAAAUGAAGCAAGUUUGUUUGUCUUUUUUUGCUUUUAACUCCAAAGGUAUGUCACCUUGCCUCAUUUAUUUCGUCCACUUAUUGUCCAGGUCGAAAGGCGCACAGGAUCUCUUCAAAGUGGCCGAUGUUGACCAAUCAGGGAAGCUGAGUCUGUCGGAGAUAAAGCGCCUUGUAGAGGUGUGCGAUUAUGACAUCGACGACGAGGAGCUGCAGGCCAUCUUCCGUCGCGCCGACGCCAACAACGACGGCGAACUCGACGACAACGAGUUCGUCGAACUCGUCAAGUACUUCAUAGAAAACAAGUGA